AUGGAUGAUAGUGAUGUCGAAAAUUUUGAAGGCGUUGAAGAACUGAGCGAAAACGAUGAAGUCAAGCCGGAAAACGAAAACGAUGAAAUCAAGUCCGAAAACGGAAAUGAUGAAGUCAAAUCGGAAAACGAAAACGCCGAUGUCAAUAUAGAAAACGAAAGUGCCGAAAAUAAUCUAGAAGAUGGUAAAGACAACGAAGGGGACGAUAAAAACGAGGCCGAAUUGUCUGAUAAACUGAAUGAAAAAAAUGAAGCAGAUCCUGUCGGUGAAAACGCAAAUAACACAUCGGCAGAAGCGAAGAAUUUUCAAGAUUCUUCCACUUCUACCUUUGACAAAAGUUCAUUCUCGGCACCAAAGUUCUAUCCCUAUUAUCUCAUGAAAGACCACGUUGUGCAGUACCUUGAACCCAUAAUUAAAAAGGCCAGAAGAAGAAAUUUCAUGUGCUGUUGUUGA